UUUAAAUCGACCGCCCUACAUGUACUGCAGGCACCGGAGGGGACGAGGAACAGUGAGACGCUAUGAAAGGUUGUUCCACAGUGACUGGGUGGAGCACAAACAUGCAGAGUUUGGUGGUGCAGGCUCUUGCCAUGAGGCAGCUCGGAAGGUUGAGCCCUCGCCAUCUGCUGGCCACUGGAUACGGACUGAGACAGACCGAGUGGUGUCCCAGGACCAUUCAUACGCGUCAGCUGUGGGGCUGCUCGGCCUUUCCUGUGACGCCUGGCUAUCACCGGCCUGCUUUCCGUGGAAGAGAUGCUCUCAGGUGUUGGGCUGUUCAUCAUCUGAGGUUUAAAAGCAACAAGAAGAAAGGCACUUCGAGGAUGCAGGAGGAGGAGGAGGAGGAGCAAGAUGAGGAUGAUGAAGACCCAGAGGACCGUGAUUAUGAAGAUGUGGACCCAAAUCUACCCAAGGACUAUAAAGACAUAGAGAAAUAUGUGCAGUCCUGUCGGUACGACAUUAUCAUGAAGGCUGGGCUGGAUUUGGCACGCAAUAAAAUUGAUGACGCCUUCUACAACAACAAGCUCAGACUAAACGGACAGAGCCUCAUCAAGAAAAGUAAAACGGUAAAAGUCGGGGACACCCUGGACCUGGUUCUGUCAGAGAACCCGGAGAAGACCACUGUUACACUGAUGAGGGUCGUCCUCAGAAGGGUUUUUACUGACUCCAGUAACACGGAAAAGCGCAAAGUUGCCAUAAGGCGCUGGAAAUGUCUCGAGCUUCCCAAAGAAGAGGCCUUUAAACCUUGACCUUGCAGGACAGUACUGCCUGUAAUGCCACUGGACAGUGAGCUCAACAGCACAGAGUGGCAGCUGAACAGUCUCCAACAAAUUGGAUUUAGAAUGGUUUACAAAAAUGUUGUGUAAAGCUAAUAUUUCUGUGUGAAUAAAUAUGUACCUCUCCCUUCUACAGUAUGAGACUCCCCCAAUAAAGGCGCACUGUGGUUUGAACUUCGA